UUUGACUUCAUCAGUUUGGUUUCGACUACGCAGAGCACACUCUUCUUCUUCUUCUUCUUCUUCUCUUAUUUACGUUGAAGUGAAGAGUUUGGAAGGAUUUAAUUUAACAUCAAAAACCACAGAAGAAGAAGACGGGAAAAACAGACACAGAGCCCAGAAUCUCCAAAUUCAUCUGAAACCUCCCGGCAACUUCUCUACUCUGGUCCAGUCAACCUGAAGAGAACUUCUAGAGCCUCUUGAACUUGCAGUAUCUGGAACUGGAUCCGCAAUAGGUUCUGCACUAAGAAGCGGGUUCUAAACUGGUUUCUAGAAUCUGUUCUGAAGCCACGGCGAGUUCUACGAGUUCUGGAGAUACUGAAGGUUCCACAGUUUGCUCUACGUUUCGGGUUCAGGAAUCGGCAGCCGGUUCCAGGAUGGUUUCUGGACUCACUAAAGUGGGUUCAGAAAAGGGGUCUGGCAUGUUUACCGUGCUGCUGGUCGCCUGGUGUUUGGUGUUUGUCGUGCCGGCUGGUUGCCACGGUAACUUCUCAUCUAAGCCAUCGGACAUGACCGACUUCCACGGCACCGACCCGCCUCCGGGACCGGCGCUGGACCAUCGAAUCCAGACCUCAGACGCGGAGCCACACGCGGCGCAGGAGACCGUGAACAAGCCUCCGUCCUCCCUGGAGAAAGGAAAACCCAAACACGUCAACAAGCCGAGACACAGACAUGACAGAAAGCCUCCGUCUCACUCGUCCUCCAACUCCUCCCUGGCGGUCCGGAUGCGCCCGAUGUCGCCCCCAAACUGCGUGCACGCCACGACAAUAAAAACGGCCUUCAAGUACAUCAACACGAUGCUGUCCUGCGUUAUAUUCGCCGUGGGGAUCAUCGGGAACGCCACCCUGCUGAGGAUUAUCUGCCAAAAUAAAAGCAUGAGGAACGGACCCAACGCUCUGAUCGCCAGUCUGGCCCUCGGAGACCUGAUCUACAUCGCCAUCGACAUACCGAUCAACGUCUACAAGCUCCUGGCGAUGCGGUGGCCGUUUGCCGACAGUGUGUUCGGGCUGUUCCUCUGUAAGCUGUUCCCCUUCCUGCAGAAAGCUUCAGUCGGCAUCACCGUCCUCAACCUGUGUGCUCUGAGUGUGGACAGGUAUCGGGCGGUGGCGUCCUGGUCCCGGGUGCAGGGCACAGGUGUUCCCACGGUGACGGCGGUGGAGAUCGUGGUGAUCUGGCUGCUGUCCGCGGUGCUGGCGGUGCCGGAGGCCAUCGGCUUCGACAUGGUCACCUUCGACUACAAGAACGUCACCAUGACGACCUGCAUGCUGCAGCCCAAGACGCCCUUCAUGACUUUCUACCGGGAUGCAAAGGACUGGUGGCUGUUUGGCUUCUACUUCUGCGUCCCUCUGGUCUGUUCGGCUGUUUUCUACGGCCUCAUGACCUGCGAGAUGCUCAGACACCAGAAGGGAAGUCUGAGGAUCGCACUGAGUGAACACCUGAAACAGCGUAGAGAAGUAGCUAAAGCCGUGUUCUGCCUGGUGUUGAUCUUCGCUCUGUGCUGGUUUCCUCUUCAUAUGAGUCGCCUGCUGAAGAGGACCGCCUACAAAUCCCAUGAUGCACACCGCUGCGAACUGUUAAACUUCCUGUUGGUUCUAGACUACUUCAGCAUCAACAUGGCAACCAUCAACUCCUGCAUCAAUCCCAUAAUCCUCUACUUUGUCUCCAAGAAGUUCAAAAACUGCUUCAAGUCCUGUCUGUGUUGUUGGUGUUAUUCUGGCUCUCUCUCCAACAGCACGCUGCCCCUCCAUCAUGGGACGAGUCAACAGUACAAACACACUGACCACUGAGGGACAGUCUGCGUCUCCAUCUGCAACGGACCGCCAGCGACUCUAUUUACUCAGGUCUAAAUAUCAUAUUUUACUACAGACUGAUUAUUGUAUGCUCAACAAUCACAUACGGUUGUAAUAUUUGGGUGACAACUUACUUUUAGCGGUAUUUAUUAUGGUGUUUUAUAUGUACAUUUCAACUCUACCUGUAAAGGAAUAAAACCAGUCUGAAGUUUAAGAGAGCACUAGGAGCCUCUAGAGGCGGAAUAUUUCAUUACAUCCCUCAAUAUGAAACUGAUGGUGAUAUUUUUCUGUUCUUUGAACCUUAACUACUCCUAGUGGGAUUAGAAAUUAAUAAUAUGUUAGUGCUAAUGGAGUUGUCAGAAUAAACAAUCAACGACUUUCACUGAAAUCUGCUCAGAAGUUGUCAAGAUUUUUUUUUUUUAAGCGGAAGGAACUAACAGUCUGACGUCACCAACUAACUGAGUUUUGUGUCUAUAUUAAUGAGUUUUUUUUAUUUAAAUUAUAUAUUUGUAUUUAUCAAUAAAGCUAUAUUCUCAAAGCUCUUGAAAUUUAUAAAAAAAAUAUAAAAAAAUAUAUAUUUAAAAUUCAUUAAAGUAAUGUACACAUUAUGCAUCAAUAAUUAUAAUCCUCUUAUAUAUUUAUGGUUAUUAUUGUUUGCAUAACUAUUAUGUAAGCUUGUCAUAUUAUUUUCUGUAUAUUAAUCUUGUGUUCUCUAUAAUAUUGUGAAUUAUUAAUAUUAUGUAGGGGGGUUUUCUGCCUCUUCCUGCCCUGUAUAUUAUUAUUAUUGUUUAUUAUGUUUGUGUAUUUUUAAAUUGACUGCAGGACGUUUUAAGUUCCCCGUCUGUAAUCUUUGUUUAUAAUGUUGUUUUUUUAUGAUGCAUUCAGUGUUGCAGUGAAAUAAAGCUUUCCUCCAGAUUAAUGUUCCC